UUUCUAAAGGAAAAGGCAUUUAUCACUAAUAUAUUUUCUAAUUAACUGUAAGGAAUUUUUUAUCGGAUACUGUCCGUAUACGUUUAGUUGAUUUUCCUAAAUCGCAGAUAAUUUUUGGAGAAUAAAAUCCGUGUGUAAUCGCCUUAAUUCUGUGUGUUGAAUAAAGAAUUUACGGUGAUUUGUAACGUUCUGAAACUCCGUUAUCGGCAAGAAUCAAUGAAAUAGAAAUCAUGAGUGACACGUUGAUCGGGGGAACCAGUCACGUGCCAAUUUAAUGGUGUUUUACCCAAUCAUAACAGGCGAGAUUUCGCGAAAGUGAUUGUGACGUCACGUGUGGCCCGGGCCGCGAGGACCGAUGGGUCGUGUUCUGUAGGGAACGUAAGAAGGGUGAUCAACGCUAGCCGAAAGCUUUCUGUGUUUAUCUGGGCUUUUUAUUACCCUGCAUGCUCAGUCGUUUUGAAAGAUUUCAAGCCAGUUUUUAGUCCAAGACAUUGCCAAUGACGACAGUCGCCACUAAGGACUCGCGAAAGCAGUCUUUUCGAGGGAAUAUGGAGUUCUACUCCAUGCCAAAGAAGAAACGGACUCUGGAGGACUUUAACACAUUCUGUAGUCUAAUUCUAGCCUACGAAGCCAGACAAGAGGAAAUCAAACGCCAGAAGAGUCCGAAUUCGGAAGACAGCGUUUCGUCGAGUACAGACUCGGCAUACAGUGAAACUGCUUCUUCGCCAACUUCUAGUCACGGGGAUCACGAUGAACGACUGUUAGACGAUGUGGACGAAGAAUACGAAUCUGGAGACGAAUCUUGGGAUAAAAUAACAUGUUAUUGCUGUAAACCAUUCGCAGGCCGCCCCAUGAUCGAAUGUUCCGAAUGCUUAACGUGGAUUCACUUAUCAUGUGCGAAAAUCCGUAGAUCUAACGUUCCAGACACUUUCAUUUGCCAGAAGUGCAGAGACGCAAAGCACACAAUUCGAAGAUCAAAUCGCGUACGGACUCAAUCUAAGACUCGCGGCACGGACCUAUGACAAGAGCGUAUACUUCGCAAUGACGGUGACUAGCUAGUCCAAGAUUUUUAAAAUAUGACGUGUUGAUGCUACCGUUAUUCAGCGGAAACCGUUGUAAAUCUUUGGCUGAUGUCAAAUGUAAAUUUUGUAUUUAAUUCAAAUCAUUUCUUGUUAUAUUCGUGGUUUAGCGCCACGUUGUUAGUUUGUACUCGAGUGAAUCGAGCUGUUUUAGAUUAUGUCUCUAGCCUAGUUAUGGUUUGUGUGUUGACCGUCUUAUUAAUGGCCGUGGUCAUGGACUUCUUAUGUAUGUCCACGACAUCAUGUACAAAAGAGUAAAAUACCAAGAAUAUAUAUAUAUAUAUUUUAUAAUAGAUCUGUACAGUAAAACAGACUCGUAACAAAGACAAUGCUGUCCGCGAGACACGGGGACGGACAUUCACGUUUGUAUAAAAGCCAAAAAGUAAUACAAAUAAAACACCAAUCGUUGAAA